AUAAGAAAUUGGUCCACCACAUCAAGACACUCACAACUGACAAAUAUUGGUUCUGUGAAGUAUCGAAUGAUUUACGAUCGCAAUACCUCCACACAGUAAAGCAGUCCAAGCUUGAACUCACUCAACGACGAGGUCGCCGUCAAAGCAGUGAUCUUCGCACGAUCUGCUUGGUCCGGAUAUGGAGAACUUUAAUCAAUUGCAAAUUUCCAUGAAGCUCUUACAAUCUACUGAAGAUGUUCGGUCAGCGUAUUAUGGCACAUCGACCAAAUCGAGUAAGAAAAUCAACAGUCGAGCACCACUUGCCCAAGACGAUCAGCUUGUCGACUACUGUAUGACCAAAAUAGUGAAGAAGAAUAGGAACCAGAAGCCGAAGGAGAAGAAAUCCAAAACGGUGACGAAGAGGAUGACGAUCCUUCUUCAGAUGUUCCCGACCCAGAGGAUGCUGGCUGGCUGGUCCCUGAAGGGUACUUAUCAGAAGGUGAAGAUGUCGAAAGUGAUGAUGAACGUACAAUCAAGUCAGACCGGGCCGUGCGAUCUACUAGAAAACACACUGCUAUCCGCCCUGUUGUUGUGGGAAUUAUUUCGACGGAUACUGUAAAUACCAAAUCCACAUCUAGCACAGCCGACGACCUCUUCGAAAAAAUCCAUUGCUUCUACGGCACAACAUGAUAAUAAAUCGAUCAGCAUCAUUGAAGGAAAAACAGACGCAAUGCCAAAACUGAUUUCAGAGGCCAAGUCAAAUUGGUAUGUGGAUUUGAAUAGUCCGAAGUAAGAUAACAUACAAAGUAGCUAAUAUUAGAC